GCGAUGGCCACCGAGUGGGCAAUAGUUGAAGAGUGUUAAUAAGCCAGCGAGUGUCGCGGAGUGCGUAGUGCGCGGAACACGUGCAGGUCCCAAAGUGGCUGGGAUUACUGGAAGACAGUCUGUCGAGCGUUUGUGUGUGUGCGUGUGUGUGUGGUAAAGUGUGACCAACAAAUUAUUUACGAAAUACUUACGAGUGCUUCACGCAAACGGAUUUCAUAUACUGCCAGCCCCAAGUUUUGCUUAAAGGAUUAAAGCAUCUCCCACUGGACGAGUCAAAGCACCAAAAGGAUAUGCAAAGCAAACCAAAGGACGUGGAUGAGUUAUUCUGGCCUUCGCCCUAAUUAAAAAGCAUUUCGCGUUGUGUUUUUGUGUAGUGCAAUGGUUUAAUAAAGUGAAUUUAAACAUAAAGUAAAAGAAAAUAAUAACAAAUUAACAUUAAAAUUACAAUUUGUUUAAGUGUUGCAUUUUUGAUCGAUUUGUGAAUUCGCAUUGAUAAACUUAAAAUAGUGAGUGGCUAAUUGAAAUUAAUUUGGGCAUGCGGCUGCUGUUACCACAACUGUUGCAUGCAACAUGGAUGGCGAAAAUCGGAUUAUAUUAAAUGUGGGCGGCAUUAGAUAUGAAACCUAUAAGGCGACGCUCAAGAAAAUACCCGCAACGCGCCUCUCACGUCUGACCGAAGCCCUGGCCAAUUAUGAUCCGGUGCUCAACGAGUAUUUCUUCGAUCGUCAUCCCGGAGUCUUUACGCAAAUACUCAAUUAUUACAGAACUGGUAAGCUGCAUUAUCCGACAGACGUCUGUGGCCCUCUGUUUGAGGAGGAGCUAGAGUUCUGGGGACUCGAUUCGAAUCAGGUAGAACCAUGCUGCUGGUCAACUUAUAGCAUACAUCGCGAUACGCAAAACACCUUAGCUAUAUUAGAUAAACUAGAUAUUGAAAAUGAGAAACCCACGGAGGAGCAAAUAGCACGUCUGUUUGGCUUCGAGGAGGCUUUAAGCAACGGCGAGCUUAACUGUUGGCAACGUCUAAAGCCCAAAAUUUGGGCCAUGUUCGAUGAGCCGUCGAGCUCAACGGGCGCCAAGUUUGUUGCUGGCAUGUCGGUAUUCUUUAUAUUUGUUUCUGUGAUAUCAUUCUGCCUGAAAACCCAUCCCGGUUUUCGCGUGGACCUGCCCACCAGCUACAGCGCCGGCUUGCCUGCGUCUGGCCAUGAUCCGCUGGCGGCGCCGCCCAUACCUCAGCAGCCGGUGCAGCAGUCGCAGCCGCAUCAGCAUCCGCAGCAGCAGCAGCAGUAUCAAUACCAUCAGCAUAGCAUAACGCCACCUAGCGGCAGUAUUGGUCCCACAUUUCGUGUCACGAACUACACGAGCUACAGCAGCGGCAACUUGAGCGCUGCACAGGCCACGCCCAUUGCCACCAUAAAAGGCCAACAUCAACGGCAGCGUCUGAAACGCGACCUAAACACGAGCAGCCUGAACGAGUUUCUCGAGGAGAAGCUACUGGGUCAGAAUGGACGCAGACAGCACGGCUGGAUCGAGACCUACGGCCAGCCGCACAAGGCCUUCUUCUAUGUCGAGCUCGUAUGCAAUGUGUGGUUCUUCAUCGAGGUUGUCAUCAGGCUAAUUGUUUCACCCAAUCUGUGGCAGUUCAUCAAAUCUCCCGUAAACAUUAUUGACUUUACGGCCACGUUGAGCUUCUAUACGGAUGUCAUGCAGCGCAUGGGCGAGUAUACGGGCCUGCUGGAGGCAUUUUCCAUAGUGCGCAUAAUGCGACUCUUUAAGCUGACACGUCACUCGCCAGGACUACGCAUCCUUAUACACACGUUUAAGGCAUCGGCCAAGGAAUUGACUCUGCUCGUGUUCUUCCUCGUGCUCGGCAUCGUCUUCUUUGCCAGUUUGGCCUAUUAUGCGGAAAAGUUGCAGGACAAUCCAGAUAACCAAUUCAAGAGCAUACCAUUGGGCUUAUGGUGGGCUAUUGUUACCAUGACCACAGUGGGCUAUGGCGAUGUGGCGCCCAAAACGUAUCCGGGCAUGUUUGUGGGCGCACUGUGCGCACUGGCUGGUGUCCUGACCAUAGCACUACCCGUACCUGUUAUCGUUAGCAACUUCUCCAUGUUCUAUUCGCACACCCAGGCACGCUCCAAGUUGCCCAAGAAACGCCGCCGUGUGCUGCCCGUGGAGCAGCCACGUCGCAAACGGGAGCCGCCGGCACCGCAUCGAGGCCGGACCAAUGCCAUUAAGCAGACAACGCCCACGGUGCCGGGCGUGGCAGGCGGCCAUACAACUAUACAGGCGCCUACGCCCAUGUUCAAGGAUGCAUUUGGCAGCGCCAAAAUUGCGGACUACUUAAGCGUGCCGGCAGUGCAGAGUCUGCAGCCGAGAGCGGCAACCACUGGACACGAUUUUAUGCUGCCUCUACAGCCGAAACUUGUCGCGCCUCUGGAACGCAAAGAACAGCAUCCUCUGCAGCUGACCGCUCACAACUUGGCCUCGGAUACGCAUCAGCUGUACGCCAGCCACGCCCAUGGGCCCAAAGCAGGCACCGUACUAAGCGUGCCGCCCACCAUCAGCAUGACGCACACACAAAUGCCGCCGGGCAUGGCCAGCAUGGGACAGCGCACACCGAAUCUCAGCUACCGGGCAACACAUACGCACACGCAUGCGCCCAUCCAGCAGCCCAUACCACACCACUAUCAGCACCUGGGUUCAUCAAGGUCAAGCGGUCUGGAGUCGGCCAACUGCAACAUCCAAAUCUCAGUAGCUGGUGCCGCUGGUGCUGCUUGUACAGAGGAGCUGAAGGCGCCCAAAGUUACGCUUCUCGAUGAUCUGAGCGAUGAGGUAAACUCCUCAACGGAUGACUGCGCUGAUUGCUGCCUGGUGGAUGACAGUGAUACGUACGAGGCCAGCAAUAACAAUGGCUCCUGUGCGAAUCAGGAAGUCGAGCAGGAAAGCGCCACUGCCGAGGAUAGCGGUGACAGUUUGGGUGGCAUUUACAUUGGUCCCACCCAUUGAUUUUCGGCCAUUAAAUGGGAAUUUCCAUGAUAGGAAUUUAAUGACACAUAAAGGAAUACAAAAGAGAUUGAAAAUUGCAUUAAAAAGAAAAAACAUUUUUAUUUUGGAUUUUUGUUGUCUAUCAACAGAGGUGCACAUAUAUUCGGGCUAACAACAAUUUCGAUUGGUCUAACUACAACAUGCUUUUUCUCAGUGUAAUUUAUCGCACUGCCACAUGCCACAGAUUCUCUGGACCAGUCUGCGCAUUCUCACCACACAAUGCCGUGAGUGCCAAGUCAAAUGAAUUUCAUUGGAGAAUCUGUGCCCAGAAAGCUCUGCACUGCUUAUAGAACAUAUAGUGCCGGGCCAGGCGAAGCAUCUGCAGCAUUUGAAUUGGAGCCUACAUCAACAGCAAAGCGCUUGAAAUUCAAUUCGAAGGCCUUUAACAAUUUGAAGUUAUUAAAAGCAACGCGAAAAGUUUAAUUGGAACUGUUUGUGCCACUGGGGAGCGCAGAGCCACCAAAUAGAUGUGGCAUAGAGAGUGCCCACUACUGCUACCCGCAGAUCCGUAGAUGUUUCACUGCGUUUCACUGCGGACUGGCGCUAAGUGUGCGCAAUUGAAGGCAAUUGAGCAAUUUUGUAUGCUCAGAGCGUCAGACGGCGCAUUUGCAUAAAUACAUUUAUUUAAUAUUUAAAUUAGUUUCGUGGCAUUUCAGCCAUGCAUUUAUGUAUACAACACCCUCACCCUCACACUCACACUCGCCUCCAUGUGCCUGGUCUGCGGCAAUUCAUCCUGCGCCCGCACAUUUUUACUGAUAAUCCCCAUUGACGCCUAAGUAAUUGUCCUCGACGUGAGGCAAAUGCAGCUAUUCAGACGGAGCCAAGUGAAGUACUAGCUACCGACUGCCAAUUUGGCUUGGCUAAAAGACAAUGCGGCCGGCAUCUGGAUUGGUCCUAAGUAAACCUAAUGCGAACAUCAAAUGCAAAUUGACAAGUU